AUACUGCAAUCUCACGUGGGACCUAACUAUUACUGUGAGAAAACCCUAUUUUUACGUGAAGAGUAUUUCUUGGGCAAACCGUAUCUUCAAUUUUCUUCUGCGUUCAAAGUGAAUUAAUGGCAUACGGAAUAGGUUUCAGAUUCAAUGCCGAAACGUUCAUAUAGUACCCAAAUUCGUCCAGAUCCCCGAAUGCAUGUUAUUGUUUGAAUGGUUUCCAUACCUUUGGGGUUAUUUUAAUUUUAUUUUUUUUCCUGCAUUCGAGUGUCCUCGAGAAUCUGCACGGCACUGGGGUGGUUCUGGGAUGAGAACGCGCGACCCAUUUUUUCGCUGAGUUGAUGGAUGUUACCCUCAAGGGUUGCAGUGUUGUUUCUUCCUUUGGCAUAGCCAAGGGUUAGUGUGGUUUGCAGAGUGUCAUGGCCAUUGCGUUUCUAUCAUGAUAGUGGCUGAGGAGUAGGCACUUGGUGCAUGGAGUGCCAGUAUGAAAUCUCGUUUUUGUAAGGAUCUUAGUUGCUCCUGCUCUCAGGUGUGGUAUGGGAUUGAAAGGGGAGCAUAUUUCGCCCAGAUUGUGAAGUUUUGAAAUGUGAGUGCGAUUUGUGAUGCGUGUGUUGCUAUUUAAAGGUGAUUGAUUUGUUGAUUCAGAGCGUCGGCUUCCUGGUAAUUUUGUAACUGGGUCGUUUGGUCGGACCCAGAUCGCUGAUGGUUUCGUGUUUUUAGCUUUCCUUGGUCUGUUCCUUGGGAGCGACCUUAUGAGAUGCAAUGUUAAAGUCACUAGAUCUGGAUUAGCCUGAUUUACAGUCGCGAAUCUGCUGAUAGUUUUGGAACUCGUGCGCCAAAUCUGUGGUAUUUUGCAUCUGGGCGCCUGAUAUCUCUAUCUGUUGGAGGCUGUGGAGAAGUUGGUCGUUUUUUUGUGGGGUAGGGAUUUUGCAACUUCUCUUAGCAGAGAUUUCUCCAGACUCGGUUGAAGUCAGGGUUGGAGUUGUUGGAGCGCGCGUCAUUGUUGAGAAAUUCAAACCCUAAUGGAACAUUUUCCUGCUUUAUAUUCAAUGAAAAUCUGAGGCGCCACUUCUGCUUACCUCAAAUCUAAUACUACAGUAGAUGAAGAGGCCUUUCAUCUGCUAAACGUGGCCAUUCUGGCCCUUCGUUGACAUUCAACCUUCAUUAGGAUGCAUUUUCUUCUAUUUUUCCUUUGAGCAUGAAGGGAACUGAGAACCAACGACAGGGUAAUAAUGUAUUGAAGCUGACACCAGUGCACCAUUAUAUGGAUAUGUCAGAUUAGAUUUGGUUUUCUCUUUCUCAACAGGAAGCAGAGAUUCCUUCAGAGAGGGAGCUGAGGGAACAUGGAACUUUGGAGGCUAGCUCAUCUGUUCGAACCCGCAUUUCUAGCCUUAUUCGUCACUACAGUGGCUGUGGUGUUGGCUUCGGCCCAGCGAGCACUAGCAUUCGAGAAGGAGGGUGAAAGGCAUCGGGAUUAUGGGGGAGGGGCGAGCCAGUCUGAAGUGGUGGUCACACUUGACACCUCACAAGCAUUGCUCAUCCCCAUCACAUGUUCAUGCUCCUUGCUCAUCAUGUUCUAUCUCUUUUCCUCAGUGUCCAUGAUUGUCAUGGGCUUCACAAUUCUGUCAUCGGUAUUCUCCCUGGGUUUUGCAUUGGCACCCUACGUGGCCGCUUUGAAUGCUCGAGUAGGGGAUGUUGUAGUUGUGAACCGAAGCUGGUUCGGGCCUAUUACUCGCUCUCAGGCAGUUCUUACAGUAUUUAGCGUAGGGGUGGUGGCAAGCUGGAUGGUGACGGGCCAUUGGCUGCUGAACAAUGUCAUUGGCAUCUCUCUCUGCGUUGCAUUUGUGAGCCAUGUUCGGUUACCCAACAUCAAAGUCUGCGCCCUGCUUCUCGUGUGUUUGUUUGUGUACGAUAUCUUCUGGGUUUUCUUCUCAGAGCAGUUUUUUGGCUCCAAUGUUAUGGUCACUGUGGCCAGUCGGCAAACUUCCAACCCGGUCCACACGGUGGCGAGCUCCUUGAACAUGCAAAGAUUCUCGGAGGUUGUCGCCAAGAAGCUAGACCUGCCUUUGAAGCUUAUUUUCCCUCGCAAUUUAUUCUGGGGUGCAUCUGGUGGGGCUUUUGGCGGCCAGUUUCUCAUGAUCGGGCUUGGUGACAUGGCUAUUCCAGGGAUGCUUUUGUCCUUGGUACUCUGCUUUGAUCAUCGGAAGGUCAGAGAAUAUGACAAUGAGGGCUCUUUUUCGAGAGGAAACAAGUACAUUCAAUUUGGGGGAUUUGGCUAUGCGGUUGGCAUGAUUGCAGCUCUGGCUGCAGGUUUGUUGUCCCAAUCGGCUCAACCUGCACUUCUCUAUUUGGUACCCAGCACUUUAGGAUCAAUUUUAUGCGCUGCAUGGAUGCGAGGUGAACUUGCUGAGCUUUGGAGUGGUCCGAGGCCUAUAGUUACCGAAAAGACUAGUUUGAUGGAGCCGUGAAAGUUAAGUUUUUUUUUAGUGUGAUUAUAAUCAUUGUUACUUCCUAUUUUGCAACGCAAAGGGUGAUUUUACAUCUCAUGUUCAAUGCUGGAAACAUGCUUCCAUUAUAUAAUCCAACAUCGUCUUCAUUUUGCAUAUA